CUGGGAGCGGUAGUGUAGCCGGCGCGCGCCGAGCCAUGCUCUUGAAGCGGCCCGAGGUGCGCGACGGGACUACGUCUCCCGUCGUGCCUCGGGCCGGCGCGCACGGCGGAAUCAGGCGGCGGCGUGCGAGCUCGUCGGCUCCUCACCGCGGCCCGCCGGACUGCGGCACGGCUCCCUCAGCCGCAUCGCGACGCGCCCUAGGCGAGCCGAGCAGCCGGCGGCCAUGGGCGGGGAAGAGGAGGUCGUGCGCAUCGCCAAGCGGCUGGACAAGAUGGUCGCCAAGAAAAGCGCGGUGAGUGAGCCUCUUUUGGCGCUGACUGAAAGAUUCCCCCCAAAGACACACACACCACACCGUGGCCCCGCCCCUCGGUGGGUCGCGCGCGCGCGCUCCCGUUGCCUUUUUCAAAAAAGCCCCGCCUUUCGCCUCAGCUUCUUCAGGUAACGGCUGUCUCCCCCCUUCCGUUUUUUCGUUUUGACCAGGGAGCGGGCGCCCUGCCCCCCCCGCCUUGGUCUCCAUGGCGACCGUCCGCCCGCGUCUCGUGAAGCAUUGGCCCCGCCCACCAGUCCCUCCGCGCUCUGCAUUCCCAUCCCUCAGCUUUUUAACCCCGCCCACAACGUUCCCCUCGCCGCCCUGAGGGAGUUAGCCCCGCCCACCCCUCGGAGACGUGGCCCCGCCCAUCUCGCCUCCCCGACGCUCCCUCGCUUUCUUCUUCCCAGCCUUUAGCUCCGCCCCGCCGGCCGAAGCCCGCAUCUCCAUUUGCCCCUCUUCAGGUACUGAAGGCUCCGCCCACCGCUCCUCGCGCUCCUCGGCAGUUGGCUCCGCCCUCGCGCCCGCCUACUGCUCUGCAUGCUGCUUUUCGCCACGCCCCUCCCUUGGUUGGAAAGGGUUGCCCUUCUCUUCCUCGAUAAGGGCCUGUGCAGUGCUCAUUUGCAUAUGCUCAUUUCAUUUUAUGCAGGCCUAUUACAUUUGUAUCCUGCCCAUCCUUGGCUGUUGUGCAACUUUUCCUUCUUGCGAUAACCCUGCAAGGUAGUCAAAACAAAAACAAAACAAAAUCCUUCCAGUAGCACCAUAGAGACCAACUAAGUUAGUUAUUGCUAUGAUCUUUCAUGUGCAUGCACACUUUUUCAGAUACAUGCACACGAAAGCUCAUACCAAUAACUAACUUAAAAAAGGUAUAGGGACCCCUGACCAUUAGGUCCAGUCGUGGCUGACUCUGGGGUUGCGGCGCUCAUCUCGCUUUAUUGGCCGAGGGAGCCGGCGUACAGUUUCCGGGUCAUGUGGCCAGCAUGACUAAGCCGUUUCUGGCGAACCAGAGCAGCGCACGGAAACGCCGUUUACCUUCCCAACGGAGCGGUACCUAUUUAUCUACUUGCACUUUGACGUGCUUUUGAACUGCUAGGUUGGAAGGAGCAGGGACCGAGCAAUGGGAGCUCACCCCGUCAUGGGGAUUCGAACCGCCGACCUCCUGAUCAGCAAGCUCUAGGCUCUGUGGUUUAACCCACAGCGCCACCCGUGUCCCUUACCCACAGAUGGCUUUAAAUGGGGGUUAGAAAGAUUCAUGGAAGAUAAGGCUAUUAGUGACUGCUAACCAUGGUGGCUGUGUUCUCCCUCCUCUGUCAAAGAAACCAUGGUUCUGAAUACCAGCUGCUGGGAAUCACAAAUGGGAAGAAUGCUGUUGCACACAUAACCUGGUUGUGGGUUUCCUAGCAGGAGCUGGGACUGAGCAACGGGAGCUCACCCCAUUGUGGGGAUUCGAACUGCCGACCUUCUGAUUGGCAAGUUCUAGGCUCUGUGGUUUAACCCACAGCGCCGCCCGUGUCCAGCUAAGUUAGUAAUUGGUAUGAUCCUUCAUGUGCAUGCACAUUUUUUCAGAUACAUGCACACGAAAGCUCAUACCAAUAACUAACUUAGUUGGUCUCUAUGGUGCUACUGGAAGAAUUUUUUUUUAAAAAAAUCAUUUUUUCAAUUUUUAUUUUGUUCCAACACGGCUUCCUAACUGUAACUAGAACCCUGCGAGGUACAGCAGGCUAAGUGAGAGAGGUCAGGCAGUGUGGGCUGUACCACUUCAGGUAUGUUGGGGGGGGGUGCCUCCUGAGAUGGAACACUCUACCGGUACAAAUAUAAAUUAAUUUGUAUAGCCAGUGCUAGGAUUUGCUUAUGUGUAAGUUUUAAGCGGAGGGCGUUUUUAUAGGUGAGCUUUCACUGAGGUGAGCUCCCCCCCCCCACUCCCACAACUGAAGUGGUACAGCUCUGCUCAGCUGUAAGCUCCGCCUAGAAAAUCCCACCCCCUUUCUCUUUUCAAGGUUCCUGAUGUUGGGAGAGUGCCUGAGGCCCCUAUGCACUACUUGGACUACAACUCCCAUCAUCCCUGGCCAUUGACUGUGCUGGUUGGGCAGAUGCGAACUGUAGUCUCACGACAUAUGUCAAGGGGCCACAGGCUCCUUCCAUAGCUGUCAACUUUUCCCUUUUCUUGCGAAGAAUACUAUUCGGAAUAAGGGAAUUUCCCUUUAAAAAAGGGAAACAUUGACAGCUAUGACCCCUCCUGUUGAUUUAAAGCAGUUCAUACAGGGUGAGGGCUGCUGCGUCUGCUCUCACCACCUCUGCAAUCCCACUUCUUUACCUUGUAGUGCACAAUCCUGCUUGUAAAGAGAGAAAGAAUACACAGAUCUCUUUCAGCCCUUUAAUGCCUUGAAACAGAGACUGACUUUCAGGUACAGACUGAAAAAGGUUCGUGCAUAUGAUGCGCUUUCUGAAAUAAGACCUGUACUUCUUCAUAGAUGAGUAAUGGCAGAUGGAGCUGCCCGAGGUAAGUUACCUUAAUCCAUACAUGCCCAUCUCUGGACACCGACAUUUCUCUGUUCUCAGCAGUUGUUUUCCACUUGAACCCAUUCUUCAAGUAAUAAGGCAUACUUUUUAGCAGGUUUGGCAAAGAGCUGUUUCUAGAUGUCAGGGGCUACAUCUUGGGUGUCUAGACUCCAGGCUGUGGGAUUGAUUGGACAGCACUGCUCAUUCCAAAGUUGGUUGAUUUGUACAAUUGGCAGUCAUUUGUGAAUGAGAGAAGAAACGUGAGUAUCAGUAUAGAUUUGGCGGUGAGUGUAGGUGUUUCAAAUGUGCGCUAGCUUUUUCUUAAAACAGCCAAACUAGGGUUGCGGAGCCUUUUUUUCUGUUGAGGGCCCUAGACCCUUAAGGUAGCAAGUGGCGGGCUGGGCAGGAAAGGACUGAAGCCAGGACCCAGAACUAAAAGUGGACAGGGCACCCCAUUUUCUCUUGUCCUAUUCCUCUGGGGGCCCCACUUUUUAGAAUUUCCUUCCUUUCCAUGCAGAGAGCAGAAUGCAGAUUUUUUUCCCCUUCCCAGACAACUGCUUUAUACAGGGAAUGCGUACUGUUCCAGCACUAAUUGUUCCCAGUCUUUCCCGCCUCCUUGAGAGCAGCAGAGAGUCCUCCUGCUGUCUUGGUAGCAAUCAGACUGAGUUGUUUUUGUUUGGCUUGGUUUAUUUAAAUGAUUUUCAUAUACCAUUCUUCAUCAGGCUUGAUUCAAGAGCAGUGUACAAAAUAAACGUUUUAAACUAUUAAAUACAAACAGUCACAAUAAGUUUUCAUUUUCUUGCAAUACAUGUUGUAUUUCGCAAAGAUACUCAAAAUAGCAUAUGAGCUCCAAUCUAUCUUUCACUGGCCUAAUUUCUGUGGCCAAAAAAAGCCUUUGCCUUUUGGAUUGCCUUAUGUGGGGUCAGAAUGGCCCGUGGUGAAGGGAUAAAGCCAAUUCUUGGAUAUUACUGUUAUCUUGGCCAUACUGCUAUUCAAAGAAGCGAUUAAAAACCCUUCAGUGAAAGCAGAAAUUGGCCCUCCCUGUGUUUUUUCUGGGAGGCCUGGCUCGAAUGGAUUUUCAGAAAGCUGAAAAGGGACUGAGCUUUGUUAAAGAGCAGAUUGUUUAUUCUGGAUAUUGCUGUAGUUCCUGGGCCUUGCAGCUUCGCUCAGAUCCCUCUUUCCUUGUCAGAUUGUUCUGGUGAUUACAUCCCUUUCAGAGAUGAAACAGACCCUCUUUAUGGAGAAUAAGAGAUCAAAAGCCAGUGAGUCUGUCGGGUUAGGCCUCUUUCCCUGCCUUUGCAGUUGGUCACUAGAGAGCUUGCUUUUUCUAGGAGUCCAGAAUAUUUACUCUUUGAACUGAGCAAGUCAGUCCCUGUCUGAUGGAACGGGCAGAGGAGCUGCUGACCAGUCUUGAUAGAUUCCAGGCUGAUGUGUGUAUGGUUAGCAUUGAAAAAAAUCAGCCUGUGCAGAUUCCUUCAUCGAUUGAGAGGCGGAGGAACAGAUUCAAGGGUACCAGGUGCUUUAUUAAAGAUCAUUUAAAAUCUCUGGUUUUAUUUAACUUCAUUUUCUAAAUUUCUAUAAAUCAUUUGAGGGCUUUUUAAAAAAAAAUUCCCUGCAGCCCCGCCAGCUCAUGAAGUCUGUUUUGUUUGGUAUUUGUGAACCCCCACCCUGCCCUUUUUGUGGAGCCAGCCUUCCAUUUGGCUGGCAUUGGUGAUUCUCUCCUCAUCCAGACAGAUGCAAAUGUCUUUGGGGUUGGGAACUCCAGCUUGUUUUGCUGGUGCAGAAAUAUUUUCUAAAUUAUAUACAUGUAAUGAAAAUCUCAAACAUGCUUUUCUCCUAUGCUGCAAUGGCUGCAUUUUCAGCCACAUAAUGUUCCAUGCCAGAGUGAAAAUCCCCUCACAGUGGAAAAAGUUGGAAUCUAUCUUGAUUUGUGAAAUGUUACACAGUUUACAGCUGCAGUCAUCUGCAACAAAAAUUGCUGGUUCGGCUGGGGAUCUUUCUUUUCGAGAAAGGAUUUUAGACGCAACUGACCUGUUUGAGGAAUUCCGUUCUUAAUUUGCUGUGCCUGUUAUCUGAUGAUCACAUAGAAGCAAUUUGGACUUAAUUCGCUUGUCAGUUUUUGUUAAUUUGUUGAAUUCCUUUUCCUUCCAGGAAGGGGCAAUGGAUUUGCUGAAGGAGCUGAAAAGUAUGCCAAUAACUCUGGAUUUGCUGCAGGUAAUUCAUACUGAUGGAUGCCAUUUGUCUUUUACCUUGCUGCCAGCGUGAAUUCUCCCUCUACACCUGCUAGUCUGUUUCAUGUAGGCCGCACGGUCACAUAUUGGAAUACCAUAGCUCAGUGGUAGAGCAGGCAGAAGAUCCCAAGUUCAAGCACUCCCAUCUCCAGGUGUGUGACCCAGGGGCCUAAUAUGGUCGUCCCCCCCAAGAUCCUCUCCCAAUUUUGGUAAAUUCAACAAAAAGAAAAAACUCCUCCUGAGGAGGAGCGAGAGGCUCUGACAUGAUACCCCUGGGUAGUUGGCUACUGGCGACUGCAUCCCUUGGGCCAAAAAAAGGGUGGCAAUCUCUGUGUUUGGUAGACGAACUGAUAAUACAACCUGCCUUUGUGGAUCAGACCAGGCCCAUCUAAUCCACCCAGGGGGCAUGAGAGUGGCUGGCACUCCCAACAGCAGCAGUCUCUCAGAAUCCUACCUCUGAUCAUGGAGACUGUCCUUGUGUCUGCUAUGCCUAGAAGCCAAUACUAGACUUCUCUUUUUUUCCUGAGCCAAACAGAAAAAAAGUUCCAUCUCCUAGUUUUCAUCCUGUGGCCAUGAAUUCCUUAACUGAACUAGAAAUUGCACGAAGGAGUGCUUGUUUUCUUUUGUCCUGACCCUGCUGCUUAUCAGUUCCUUUGCAUGACUCUCUGGGCUCUAUAGUGUUUGGACUAUGUCGUACAGUGUCCUGUCUCUAGUUGUAAGAAGUCCUUGAUGUCCCAGAGCCGUGGAGAACAAAAUCAAGGUCCUAUGCGGUGAGGAGGGGAGGGGAGAAUUCUUGCUAUGAUGAAUGAUAAAAGGGUUAUAAAGCACACAGCAUUACAAUUACUGUUUAAUGGAGUAAAGUUAGUGCGGUGUGUCUGAGAUUUGGUCUUAGCCUUUAAUUAUUGCUGCUUCGACUUGUUUGGGCACUGGUUUCCUUGUUGUGGAGAUUUCUGUCUAGCUGGUCAUAUGAUGACCUGGUGAUUUCUUCCUUCACGAUCUGCAGUCCACUCGCAUUGGGAUGUCUGUGAAUGCACUCCGGAAGCAAAGCACAGACGAAGAUGUGAUCGCACUUGCCAAAUCGCUUAUCAAGGCCUGGAAGAAACUCCUUGGUGAGGGACUAAGCAUGUUUGGAUAGAUUCUCAAGAACGUAAGAUAAGCCCUCCUAGACUGGAGCAAGGAUUUGUCUACCCCAGUUAUCUGUGGCCAUUAGUGGUCAAUCAGUUGUCAAGGGGGGGGGAAGCAACAGUCCACUCCUCUCUCUCCUUUUUUUUGCUUGUACCCAUGGUUGAGUCUCAAAGGCUCAUAGGUUGCUGAAAUGAGCAUGUAGGUGGGGAUUGGGGCUCCCUCUGCCUGCUUUAGUGACAAAACUACCUUUGUUCCUGCACAAAGCAGUCCGAAAGGUGAUAGAACAUACCGUAUUUUUCGCACCAUAGGGCGCACCGGACCAUAGGGCGCACCCAGGUUUUUUUUGGGGGGGAAUCAAGAAAAAAAAUCUUUUUUCCCCCCAGCCCCAAAGAGCAGCGUACAGGCUGCGCACAACCUCUCCCUGCCGGAGGGGUUGCGCGCGGCUAUGGCACAAGCCAAGGCAGCGAGCAGGAUGGAUCCCGCUCGCUGUUUUGGCUUCCUCUUUAGCCCCGCGCAACCUCUCCUUGCCGGGAGAUGCUGCGCAGGGCUAAAGAAGCCAUAGCCCCGUGCAGCCUCUCCCUGCCGGAGGGGUUGCGCACAGCUAUGGAGCAAGCCAAGGCAGCGAGCGGGAUGGAUCCCGCUCGCUGUUUUGGCUUCCCCUUUAGCCCCGUGCAGCCUCUCCUUGCCGGGAGACGCUGCGCAGGGCUUCUCCUGGCUUUCCUGGGAGGUGGUUGGAUUCCCUCACCUCUCCCAAAAGCCCGCAGAAGCCGCGCAGCCCCUUUAAAGAGAUCACGGCUUCUCCUGGCUUUCCUGGGAGGUGGGGGGAUUCCCCCAUCUCUCGCAAAACCGGCAGAAGCCGCGCGCACGUUAAAAGGGCUGCACGGCUUCUCCUGGCUUUCCUGGGAGGUGGGGGGGGAUUCCCUCACCUCUCCCAAAAGCCCGCAGAAGCCGCGCAACCCCUUUAAAGAGAUCGCGGCUUCUCCUGGCUUUUCUGGGAGGUGGGAGAAGGGACUGAUGCGGCCAGUCAGUUCCUUCUCCUUCCUGUGGAAAAGCCCGCAAGAGCGCAGGGAGCUUGUCUGCGGCUCUUGGGGGCUUUUCCCGCCUGCCUCCCCCCUGCAUUCACUCCAUAGGACGCACAGACAUUUUCCCUUGCUUUUUAGGAGGGAAAAAGUGCGUCCUAUGGUGCGAAAAAUACGGUAAUUGCAGUAAUUGGGUGUGUAAGCUGAGUCACAGCAUUUGCCCUGCUCCUAAAAUUUAAAGCUGUUUUCUGAGUGUGGCAUCUCGGGAGGAAACAUGGGAGCUGAGGUCUGAGGUCUUAGCGGCUGCUUUGUGUAGCAGGGUCAUGUGACAGAUGACCGGUCCCAGAACAGAAGGGGAAAGGCGAUCCGAUUCGUGGCCACAUCAAGUAGUCACACUGUCCUAGGAACAGUUGCUUUAGAACUUUAUAGGGCUGGGCCACUAAAGAAGCUCACUUAAGGGUGAUCAAACGCCAUGCAGAGAAGAUUGCAGUUCCUCUUGAUUUAACUUUUUCUACUUCUUGCUUCCUUUGCCAUUGCUCCUUUUCCCCGCAUUCAGAUGCCUCAGAGGAUAAGAGUGACGAGAAGAAAAAGAAUUCCUCCUUGCCAACUUCCUCCUCAAAGGAGAGUGGCGACUCGAGAGACCAAAGGUAAUAUUGUUUCCCGUUAGCCAGAGGUGGCACUUUUGCACCUCGUAUUCCUCUUCCCGCCCCUAACGUUCCAUUUUGGGUAUUAAUUUUGAUUUCUUUACUUUGCCUGUUGGAAUGGGAAACUUUUUGAUCUUGGUAUAGUCAAAUUAAGGCUGCCCUUAAUUCAUGAUGGUGAGGAAUAGAAAAUAGUGGUUGCAGAUAGAACUAUCAGUGUGGUAUCAUGUUGUGGUUUUUUUUUAAUGCUAUAGUUGUAAAUGGAAAAAAAAUAAAUGUCUACAAAACACAGUGGCUUUUGUGAGUUUAUUUUGAUUACCAUUGUUUAUUAUUUGAUUCACCUUCAUUCCUCCUUUAUUCUCUCUCAUGCUCAUCCUUUAUUAAUAAAAACAUCACUUCCGUUUUUGUUGAUUUAUUUUGUGUUUGGGUUCUGCCCCCCUCCCCCACGUAUUAACCUGUACUCUCCUCCCUCCCCCAAGUACACUUACCCAGAGGUGUGGCUGUGUUAGGCUGUUGCAGCUUAAGCAACAGAAUGCUUUUUGGCACUGUAAAGUCUAAUAAAUUUUAUUAUGGCAUGAGCUUUCAUGGACUACAAUUCACUUCUGCAGAUGUGUGCGUAUAAUAUAUAUAUUAUAAAAUAAAAAUAUGCAUGAAUAUUUGUUAAGUCUUUAAGGUGCCACAAGACUCUUUCCCAUUUUCACUUUCCACUUACCGUAUUUUUUGCUCUAUAAGACUCACUUUUUCCCUCCUAAAAAGUAAGGGGAAAUGUGUGUGCGUCUUAUGGAGUGAAUGCAGGCUGCGCAGCUAUCACAGAAGCCAGAACAGCAAGAGGGAUUGCUGCUUUCACUGCGCAGCGAUCCCUCUUGCUGUUCUGGCUUCUGAGAUUCAGAAUAUUUUUUUUCUUGUUUUCCUCCUCCAAAAACUAGGUGCGUCCAGUGGUCUGGUGCGUCUUAUAGAGCGAAAAAUACGGUAGUUUUGACACCAAAAGAGAUGUUGUCCUUUUUUCCUCAGCUGCAGCAGAACAAUGGGACAAAAUUCUAUUUAAAUAGAAAGUGUAUGUCAUGCAACAAUUCUGCAACUUCUCAGCUCCAGGUUAUGUUGAUACCAUUCUUCUCCAGACUGUUAAUAGCAAUCUGCCCUGUGGCCCCUGGAUCAGGGUGAUUUGCCCCGCCCUAGGAGCCCCCCACCCUAGAAUCAUCCCCAAGCAAUUCAGGGGUGGGGGCAGGACUAUGGGUUUUUAAUCCCAUAAGAAACCUUUUAAAAGAUUGGUGGCGCAUGGCACCGUACAGGACUGGAUCUGGGAGGAUCAGAUCCUACCCUUAACAGCUGUUAAGCGGGAGGAUCCAAUUCUGUGUGGUGAUGCUGGUUCAUAAGCUGCUUUCCCACAGGAAAGCCUCUUGCUAAGCAGCACCUGAACCCCACAGGAUCAAUCCUCCAUCCAACAACUGUUGAACUGAGGCAUUGACCUUGCAUAGGUGGGGAUGGGGUCAUGUCAGGUAGGAAGAAGAGCUGUGGUGCUGGGCCCACCUUAACCAGUGUAGGUCCUGGCCUCUUUCAUGUGGCCUUGUUCCCAACCUGCCUGUUCCUCCUGCCUGAGGUCUUCUCCCCUGCCAACCACAGAUCACUCUGGGCCAAUCCAACCUGACCUGUGGAAAUUGUGGCUGUCUUUACAUGACUUUUCCAGCACCUAAGGACGGACACCUAUGCCUGAUUUGACUCUGGCUUAAUUCGAAUCCAGCACACAGCCCUAAUAGCCAGGGGUCGGAAAUGACCAGCCCUCCAAGUGAGGCCCAUUCUCUUUUGCAGUAAGGGGUGAUGUGUUUCUUCCUGGACACAAGACGUGCGGCCUUCAGAGCUACUGGCGGUUGCUUCCUCAUUGGGUGCCUUCUGUAAACCUCUCUGGAUUUUGACCCUUUACCUGACACUGAUUUUAUAGCUUAAGACUGUUCUCCACAGUGACAGGGGGCAGAACCUUAAUUUUGUUUAACCGGGAAGGAAAGAAGUUGAAAUUUUCCAUUAUUUUGCUCCAUUUCCUAGUUUGUCGGGUUGGGAAAUAUGCAGAGGAUGUCUAGGCUAGGUUCAUACUGGUAGACAUCAGUUGUAGAAGGACAUGACUCUCAUGAGAUUUGAGCAUGCCCAACUAUCUCAGUGUAAGUAACCCUUCCUUUUCCGAAUUGUGUUGGUGAGGUUGAAAUGGUCAGAACCAUAGGGGCAGCCACUUCACUGAAUUAGCCUCAUUGAACUAUGUUCCUAUGUUGGUCCAUAGGGUAGCAGCACUCUCAGUACUUGGCACCUAUCAUUCAGGCUUUAGCCUUUACUUACUUGCCUUCUUCAGGGGAACAGUGUCACCGGGCUUUCUUGACACACAGCUGUGUGUUUUGAGUUUUCUUCUGUCCCAUUUACUUUAAUUAAAAACAACAGCUCCUCUGGACGCCAGUGAACGCCGAUUCCCAUGUGCCUUGAAGUGUUAGGAAAUGUUUGUUUAAAACUUGCACGCUGUAAAAUCAAGGGAAAAAAGACAUUGUUUCUGUUGGCUGUGAUCGAGCUAUGGGACUGAAAGCUCCAUCUGCUACUCUGUAUAGCUGCCACCUUCCAAUCAAAUGAGGAUCAGGGUGCCAUAAAUGGAGAGUAGGCCUGGGUGAUGUAUUGCACUGGUUUGAGGGCCAGAGUGCAAUGGCGCUGGUGAAACCACCGUCACUCCCAAGCCCCUCUGCUGCCAGCGCCUGGAGGUGAAACUGCCGCCACUCCUGCUGAUGGAGUUUAGGUGGUUACACCCUGGCGCCUCACAGGCUCUGGGGCUGACGCAGCUUGUUCCUCCCUUUGCUUUUCAACAUCGCGAUGUGUCACUAUAUCGUGAUGUUUGGCUGAUGAUAAGCACAAUGUUGAAAAGCCGAAAUGCCCAGCCUCGGUGGAGAGGAAGUGCAAAAUAGAGACCUAUUUGUUGUUGUUGUUUAGUCAUUUAGUCGUGUCCAACUCUUCGUGACCCCAUGGACCAGAGCACGCCAGGCACUCCUGUCUUCCACUGCCUCCCACAGUUUGGUCAAACUCAUGCUGGUAGCUUCGAGAACACUGUCCAACUAUCUCGUCCUCUGUCGUCCCCUUCUCCUUGUGCCCUCCAUCUUUCCCAACAUCAGGGUCUUUUCCAGGGAGUCUUCUCUUCUCAUGAGGGGGCCAGACUAUUGGAGGCUCAGCUUCAGGAUCUGUCCUUUCAGUGAGCACUCAGGGCUGAUUUCCUUCAGAAUGGAAAGGUUUGAUCUUCUUGCAGUCCAUGGGACUCUCAAGAGUCUCCUCCAGCACCAUAAUUCAAAAGCAUCAAUUCUUUGGGGACCAGACUUCUUUAUGGUCCAGCUCUCACUUCCAUACAUCACUACUGGGAAAGCCAUAGCUUUAACUAUACGGACCUUUGUUGGCAAGGUGAUGUCUUUGCUUUUUAAGAUGCUGCCUAGGUUUGUCAUUGCUUUUCUCCCAAGAAGCAGGUGUCUUUUAAUUUUGCGGAGACCUAUAGAGCAGCUCAAUUGAGCAAUGGUAGAGGAAGGCCAAAAUAAAAGGUGGGUGGAAAAACCCAGGAUCAUUCGCUGGUCUGGUCAAGCCCUGACCGACUAGCAAAUAAACUGGUUGAAGAGCCACACCCAUCCACUGUGUCUUGGCAUAAAGAAAAGUGUAGUGAGACAUUUUUAACUGUUUGCGACGUUGGCAGAUCAAUUCUGCAUCCUGCCCAGAUCAUUAUGGAUGGUCCAACCAAACUACACAGGCUUUCAAUGCAGUAACGUUCUUCUGACCAGGUUGGAACGCUGGCUUUAUGAGUAGGCCGGCUGUCCUUGGGAAGCAACAAAAGGUUUCACGCUUGGAGCUGGAGUACCAGUCCUACACAUGCCCAAAUCCAGUGACAGCCAUUCAUGUGUAGCUUCCUUGAGCAUAUCAUUUUAUGGACAUUCAAACAGCAGUGCUGACUUGAGUUAGCAGAAGGUGGCAAGAUGUUGUAAUAAGCAUUUAUAGGUUCCAGCCAAGCUAUUGGAAUGGCUCCAGGGAAAGCGAUGUGGAAAUUGCUGCUUUUGGGUGGCCGUAAUCUGGGACCUGACAUUCCCAUUGGGAGAUCUGUUGCAGCCUUUUCUUACAGCUGCCCGGCAAUUGCUUUCAAAGCACAUGGAUUGUGGUUCAGCCAUCGAAACAAUCUCUGUAUAACUUUGUUAUCUCAGCAUGGGGCCAUGGAUUACAGAGAGAUUACAGUGGGACAUAAGAGAAAGUGGAGGCUUUUUUCGUAUACGGGGAGGUCGUAGUGAUGUCCCCUGCACAUUUUACUUAGAAAGUUACAUAUUAACAUUUCCGGCAAACAUUCCUAAGCAGUUUACGGAAAUUGGAAGAUACUGUGAAUAAAAUUGGAAACACUGCAAAUAUAGGUCAGAAUACCAUAGAUAUAUUGUAAAAGUGCCAUCUUUUAAAACUGCUAGUCAACAAACAGAGAAGGAUAACUCUCUCAAGUAUCCAAACCGAUCUCUGUAACAAAUUGUGUUUUUUUAGGUUUGUGCGAGAUAUCCAACAGAUUUUCAAAAGUAUGUAUUGAGAGAUUAUUGCAGAGGGUUGAUGCUGUGACUGUUUCUGUGACUAGUGGACUAGCAGUCCACUAGUCACAGUAUGUUGGUUGUUCCUCUAAAUUACCCAUUCACUGGGAAGAAAGUGCUGUCAAAGAGCUUAGUUUGCCCGGUUCUGAUGCAUCAUAUUUCAGUGGUGUCGCCUAUGGCAGCUGGUUGCCCUCAUGACUGUAGUUACUAGAGCACUCUGUGUAGAGACAUUACCCUCUACAGCAGCAGUGGGAAGCCUUGCCUACAGGCCAAAUUAGGCCUGGCAGGGUUAAAUUUGUAAAGCAGUUAUUGCCCAAACCACAUCCACCUGGCCCACACCUGACAUGUGACGGCAGGUAUGGUACAGGUAAAGAUGUGGCUGCUGAGCAACAAGCAAGGCUUCUGCCACCACUGAUCGCUGGUGGUAGCAAGCCCUGCAAGGUUGAGCUCUGGAGUUUGUCUCUCAUCGCAGUGCAAAUUCCAGGGGGCUAAGGAGUCAAAACCUCCACACAGUUAAUCAGGAUUAGGCCUUUGCACCUGCAAUUUGCUGCAUUUCUGUGUUGGCUGGCGGGGUUGGUGGGUGGGAGGGAGAGAAAUCCCUCUGCAACCAGCAGGAAACGGUGCAGGGGGGGCGUUCAAGGUGGGGGGAAUGAGGAUAAACUGCGUGCCAGUGGGAACCCUCUGAAGGCUAUAUCUGGCCUGCAAGCCAGAUAUACACUACACUAACUGACAACAGCUCUCUGCAGUUUCAGACGGGAGACCGAAACCUAUGUGGAGAUUUCAGAGACAGAACCUGUUGCUCUCAUUUCACUGCCAAAGGUGGAACUAUACGACACCCAAUGAAUGGGAAGAUUAAUGCAACUGGGUAGCUCAAUUGGUUAGAACAUGGUGCUGGUAAUGUCAAGGUUGCAGUUUCGAUCCCUGUAAGGGAUAACUUGCAUUUUCCUGCAUUGCAGUGGGUUGGACUGAAUGACCCUUCGGGUCCCUUCCAAGUCUCAUGGGAUGGGAGCUAAUGUUGAUGCCACAAGGAAAUAAGCAUAUCAGGGGUGUUCUAAAACUCAUCCCAGGUGCCGUGAAAGUGUGGGAGGGGGUCCCCAGACUGGGAGCUCUUGACAUGGUUUGCAAGAGGGAUAAACGCAUACGGACAUUUGUUCACGUUCCUGCUUUCUGUGGGAAUGAAACAAAGCAAAAAUGGCUAUAGCAGAAGUGGGCGAGGGAAUUGCAGAGCAUACCUGCCAAGGAGACUUCUCUGAUUUCAUACUGGGAAUUGGUUUGAUGAGCGUGCAGAGGACUCUGCAAUCUCCUCCGUAGACCUGCUCAGUGCUCCACUUCCCAAGAGUUCCUGAGAAAAAAGUAAUUAAGUCACUUAAAAAGCUGUAGUGUUCAUAUACCAAUAGGGCAGAAUCCAGCGUUGCACAAGCAGACUUCUGCUCGUGCAACAGGAACUCGCUUUCCUCUUUCCCUCCUACAGUCCCCGCCCCGUGCACCCCCAAAAUUGCUCCAUAGGGGUCUCUGGAUUCUCCAGAUCAAAUUUAAGGGCACAGGAGGAACUGCAUGGGGAAGGUGAUGUUCUGUUGUGCAGCCGGAAAGCUGUGCUGUUUGUGCACAGAAAGCUUCAUUGCAAGCCAUACAGUUGGCUGGAGGGGACCUCUGAGCCCCUGGUCAUUUUAGCAGCAUGCCAUGAACCUGGCCAUCCUCCAAGAACUCCUGGGAAUAGUUUGAAGAGGGUGCAGAAACUCAGCAAUCCCAUCCCUAGCCCUGGGGUACCCCCUUCCCCACAUGGCCACCCAUGCUCUUCUUAAAAAACUGUGUGUGUGUGUGUGUGUGUGUGUGUAAAAUACUGAUUGUUGGGAGCUGCCCAGAGUGGCUGGGGAAACCCAGUCAAGAUGGACAUUAUAUAAAUAAUAAAAUUAUUUUUAGAAAUAUGCUUCACACUGUUUCCAGAACACCUGUUCAUUACUGAAAAUGCUCAAUUGCGUGUAAGCUCUAGAGGGAAAGAUUCCUCACCCCUGAUCUAGACGAAAUCAUUGAAAGCAAUUAUUAGGAGAUUUGGGGUGAGACUCCAUCAGCAGUAUUUUUCUGCAAUGUCUGAAUCAGGAGAGGCUGUGCACGUUCUGAACUGGUUCCAGUUCCAGAAAUGUGGGAUGUUGGCUACCUUGUAAUAUUGUGCUAUAAUAAGGCUACCCUUGUGCUAUGUCUGGAAGUACAGUUAGUGCAGCACAAAUUAAGAGGCUAGAAUGGACAUCACAACUAUAAAGGAACUCGGCAGUUGUUUGACCAGUGGAUGCGGACAAAAGCUUAACAGCUAAGAAGCUCUACAUCUAUUUGCACUGGUUUUUCAAGGUUUUGGAUUGUUCGAAGCUUGUGUGAACUGAUUUAUGGAACUCAAAAUCAGCCUUUGCCAAGCCAGUGCUAUAACUCCCAUCAGCCCCAGUCAGGGAGAUGCAAUCCAAAUCAGUUAGAUGGUUCAAGGAUGUCAAAGGCUGGUUUGAAUUCUCACUCAAAGCCCCCCCCCCCCCAACUGGGACGCAGGUGGCGCUGUGGUCUAAACCACUGAGCCUCUUGGGCUUGCUGAUCAGAAGGUUGGCGAUUCGAAUCCCUGUUGCUCUGUCCCAGCUCCUGCCAACCUAGCACUCCAGUGCAAGUAGAUAAAUAGGUACUGCCGCGGCAGGAAGGUAAACGGCGUUUCCAUGUGCUCUGGUUUCCGUCACGGUGUUCUGUUGUGCCAGAAGCGGUUUAGUCUUGCUGGCCACAUGAACCGGAAAAAGCUGUCUCUGGACAAACGCCGCAUCCCUCGACCUGUAAGCGAGAUGAGCGGCGCAACCCUGUAGUCGCCCUUGACUGGGCUUAACCAUCCAGGGGUCCUUUACCUUUUACCUUUACCCUGCCCUCCUUUGAAAGGAAAGGCAACUGACAAGAGCAGGAAUAGGCAAACUCGGCCCUCCAGCAGUUUUGGGACUACAACUCCCAUUGUCCCUAGCUAACAGGACCAGUGGCCAGGGAUGAUGGGAGUUGGCCUCGGUCUAGUAUACCUGAAGGAGCGUCUCCACCCCCAUGGUUCAGCCUGGACACAGGUCCAGCACCGAGGGCCUUCUGGCAGUUCCCUCACAGCGAGAAGCCAAGUUACAGGGAACCAGGCAGAGGGCCUUCUCGGUGGUGGCGCCUGCCCUGUGGAAAGCCCUCCCACCAGAUGUCAAAGAGAAAAACAACUACCAGACUUUUAGAAGACAUCUGAAGGCAGCCCUGUUUAGGGAAGCUUUUAAUGUUUAAUAGACUAUUGUAUUUUAAUAUUCUGUUGGAAGCCACCCAGAGUGGCUGGGGAAACCCAGCCAGAUGGGUGGAGUAUAAAUAAUAAUAAUAAUAAUAAUAAUAAUAAUAAUAAUAAUAAUAAUAAUAAUUAUAGCUGCAAGCCCACCUUCCUCCUAGACUUUCACAAUUUGACUUCUGCAAAAUGAGCAGAGAAAUUUUGACCGGCUUCAUUUCUCUUCCAGCUCCGCCAAAAGGCAGGACCCGCCGAAGACCCCCACCACACCCAAGAUCACCACCUUCCCACCAGUGCCUGUCACGUGCGAUACGGUGCGCAACAAAUGCAGAGAAAUGCUGACCUCCGCUCUGCAGACGGACAGUAAGGAGCAAAGAAGCGAGUCCUUCCCUCACCUCUUCUCCUUUCCAUCAGCGCUGUCUUCCUUGCAUUCCUGAAUCUGUGCCCUUUUCAAAACAGCCUGUGUUUGCAGGUGUUCAUAGCGAGCACUAGUAAAUUCUGAGCUUUCACAGAAUCAUAGAAUUGGAAGGGACCCGCAGAGGUCUUCUAGUCCAUCCCCAUAACUUUGUAUGUAGACAAAUGGCGCCGAUGGGCACACUGCAUGAAAUGUGAGUCUCUGGUUCAGUGCAGCGGGAACCUGGUGCCGAAGUGUGAAGGCAACGGCUUGCUUAGGGAAUGUAGUCUAGGGUACCUUUCAGUUUUCUUGUUUCUUCACAGAUGACUAUGUGACCAUCGGUGCCGACUGCGAGCAGCUUGCAGGCCAGAUUGAAGAAUAUAUCCUUGCUUUGUUUGUAGCAUCGGAAAGGAGGCAUAGGGGAUUUCUGGGCAGCCGCUAUUUCAAAGGCAAACUCUCUCUAUGCCAUGAUACACUUAAAAGCAGUUUAGUAGGGCCUCCUCCCAAAGAAUCCUGGGAAAUGUAGUUUUUGAGGUUACCAAGAAUCCCUCGCAUUUAGGUAAAUGGCAGAACGGCAGUGGAGCACCACAAGCCGGACACUCUGGGAGCCAGAGAUAAGAAUAAGUUCAGCAGGAGAGCUUAACUUGAGAGGCCAGUCAUCUACAAUGUAAUAAUAAUACAGUGGACACUUGGGUUGUGAAUGUGAUCCAUGUGGGAUGCACGUUCGCAACCCGCAGUGUUCGCAACCCGCGUCUGCGCAUGCGUGGGUUGUGAUUUGGCACUUUGGCACAUGCGUAAAGUGCGAUUUAGUGCUUCUGCACAUGCGCAAAGCAGGAUUCAGUGCUUCUGCACAUGCACGACCGUCCAAACCUGGAAGUAACCCGUUCCGGUACUUCCGGGUUUCGGCGGUCCACAACUCCAAAAAACGUAACCUGAAGCAUCUGUAACCCGAGGUAUGACUGUAACAAUUUGGCUCACCAAGCCAUUUUGAUCAAGCCACCCCCACCUGCCAAUCACCUGGUGUCAUGUGGGCAGAUCAAAAGCUGCCUGGGCUGGGGCUCUGGAAGUGCUGCAGACCCCAAGUUCAGAUCCUAGACCAGCCGAUCCCAAGUUCAGUGCUUCCGAAGUCUUGAUGAUCAGCCGGUUGGUGGCGCUGCAGAAGCAUCACACACCUUCCUUCCAAAGCACAGUCUGUCAGCUGAUUGCUGGGACUUCACGAGGCAGUGCAGGGCUCUUAGUAAGGGGCUUGCAAAGAGGUGUGCACGACUCUUUCAAGUAACAAUCAGCUGGUUGUCGGGCUUCCAAAGUGCUGCGUUGCCUGCCAUCAUUGUAAUAUCAGCCGAUUGACAGAUGGGUAGUCAAAUUUGGCUCGUGGGGGUUAGGGGAAAUAAGGGUCUGAGCUGCAGGCUGGAUCCUGUUCCCAGCCCCUGGGCUAUGGGUUCUCUAUUGUCCUGUGAAGUAGUAAAGGUGCUGAGAGAGCUCCCAGAGAGGAGAAUGUGGGCUAGGAAACCUCAGGAGCGGGGAAUGAAGGCUUCCUGGUCACUUGGCAGUCUUCCUCCUCUUAAUCUUUGAAGGUGUCUGGCAGAGGGGCUUCCAAGGUGAUCUCUUCCAUCCUCAGGGUCCUAGGACUCCUUUGCUGAUGCAGAGCUCUCCAUGAUACCCAAACCUUGGUUUAGACCGGGGUCAGCAAACUUUUUCAGCAGGGGGCCGGUUCACUGUCCCUCAGACCUUGUGGGGGGCCGGACUGUAUUUUAAAGGGGGGGAAACGAACGGAUUCCUAUGCCCCACAAAUAACCCAGAGAUGCAUUUUAAAUAAAAGCACACAUUCUACUCAUGUAAAAACUCACUGAUUGCUGGACCAUCCACGGGCUGGAUUGAGAAGGCGAUUGGGCCAGAUCCGGUCCCCGGCCUUAGAUUCCCUACCCAUGGUUUAGACUGUCAGGCUAGCAUGUUUGGCGCUGGGGCAAAGGCAACCUGACGGUGGUGCUCCUUAAUGGCUUUUGAACUUAUAUACCAAGAUGUCAAGAACACAGACUUGAAGUACAAGAACCGGGUCAGGAGCCGCAUCUCCAACCUCAAGGACUCCAAGAAUCCUGACCUCCGAAAGAAUGUCUUGUGUGGAGUGAUCACUGCAGAGCAAAUUGCAGUGAUGACCUCAGAGGUGAGAUGGACGGUUGCAUAGCCUGAAAAACCCAGAGAGACUUGCUCCAGUCUACUAAAUGGCCUGAUCUUACAAAGAUGUAGUUCUGUUACCAAAAUUCUAAACGGCUGCUGUUGAUAAGGAAGAACAUCCAGUGUAGGGUUAAAAUUAAAAAACAGAGGGGGGAAACGUUUGCAGAGGGGUCAAAUGCUUUGGGCCAGCUCUGACAUGCAUCUUCAGGAGAAAACCUUAAAAGGAUAAAGUAUGUAUUUUAAGGUGUGGACUCAAAAUUAGAGGCUCGGGCCUGGCCUUUGGCUUGGAAUCAAUUUGAUUCCCUCCCCCCCUCUUCUUUUCUCCUUUCCCCUCCUAUGAUGGAACUCCUAUUUGGGGACUUCCCUGGCUUUUUUCUGGCCCAUGUAGGACCAGUUGGGAAAGUUAGCCUUGGUGAAGACUUGACGUUUUUAAGUUAGCCUUGGUGAAGACUUGACGUUUUUAUCCCCCAAAAAGUUUUUGAUUUGAGUUUCCAUUGAAAUGAGGCUGUAUUGUGGUAUUUUAAUGUUUUAAUAAUGUAUUUUAAUCUUGUUUUUAAGUUGCAUUUCAAUCAAUUUGUUUUUAUACCAGGUGUUAGCCGCCAUGAGCCCAGUCUUGGCUGGGGAGGGCGGGGUAUAAAUAAAAUUGAUUAUUAUUAUUAGUGGAAGCCCUUGCAAGAACUUCUGCUAGCUCAGCAGGACUUUCCGCCUUCCCCCCCCCCCCAUUGGCUCUGGGGUGGGUGGGAGAACCCCAGAGCCACACGCAGAGGGAUGAGAGGAGAUGUCUCCAUGAGGCAAGCAGAGAUGCUGUACUGAUGGGACGUUUGUAGCAGCACACUGAAUUUCUCGCUCUGUAUUUUAUUCUCCUUGGGUUGCCUCUAUACUAUAUUUGCCCGGGUCCAGCGUCAUUCUGUUUUCAUUGUCCAUUUCUAAAGGUAGGCAGCGGACAGAGGAAGGGACAGGAAGGAGGAAACUCAUGUCUGCCGUAAGUGUGGGGAGGGGGUUUAAGGGAAGGCUUUGGUGGCAAGGAAGAGCGGUCUCUCUCUGUGUGUGACCAUUGCCCCACUGAGAGGAAAAGUGGUUUUAAACAGCAGUAGAAGCUUGAGUAAAGCAGGGAAGGAGAGACACUGAUUGGUUGUGCGUGUGCAUCUUAAACAAUUUUAACAAGGAGAAAUUGCAGUGAUGGUAACAACGCAGAAUCGAACGCAGCAGAGCCUUUCCCAAUCCCCCUUGCGCCAUACUCAAACCUUGUUUUAAUCUGCCUCUUCCCAUCACCGCCAGUGUCUUCCAAACUGUUUUAUUCAAGCUUCUGUUGUUGUUUAAAUCUGCCGCUUUCCCCCUCUCAGUCUCCCCCUCUUCCUGCUGUACUGUGGAACCAAAAAGGUUAAGAUCAUAGCUCUUUCGGGGUGGGGGGGAGCUCAUUUGCUCCACGGUUUCUGAUGACCGUGUGGGACAAAAGUUCAUCAUACAGUGUCUUUGAACACGUUUAGCGGAAACGCAGCUUGCUAGUGUGCAAAUUGAGAAAGCCAAACUGAGCACAGGGAGAAUUAGAGAUUAUCCAAAACAGAAAGUUCAGAAAGAAUGGAAAAUCUUUAAAGGGUAUCUGGAAAAACAUUACAAUAACAAAUAUCUCCUGGCAGAAAUAGAAUGAUCCUUGUAAAACAACAAAUAUAAUGUUUUUUGAUAUCUGACGAAAACAAAGAAAGCAAUACAAUAAUUUGGAACGAUGUGUGAAAAAAUAGUAGAAAUAAUAACACAAUGAGUCUAAUCGGAAGUCAAAUGUGUUUAUUUUGUUUUGUUUUUUCCUCCCCCCUUCCCCCCCCUUCUUCUUCCUCUUCUUUUUUGUGUGCCUCCUUUCUUGGUCUUUCUCUUUUUGAUUUGUAAAGAGAGAGAUAAAGAGAUAAAAGUGUAAUAUGAAAACUUAAGUAAGUUAAAAGUGAUGUUGUGUAAUUUUUCUAUUACUAUUUAUAUAUUGUUAAAAUUGGUUAAUUGUAGCAAUUACUGUGGUUUUUCCCUUUGUUAUUGUUGAAUUCUAAAUAAAGCAGUACUCUUUAAAAAAAAGAGAGAGAGAGAGAAAGCCAAACUGAGCAGGUGCUCUUAUCUUAUUUCCCUGAAAGGAAAUGGCCAGCAACGAGCUGAAAGAAAUCCGGAAAGCCAUGACGAAGGAGGCCAUCCGGGAGCAUCAGAUGGCCAAGACGGGAGGGACCCAGACCGACCUCUUCACCUGCGGGAAGUGCAAGAAAAAGAACUGCACCUACACUCAGGUGAGACUCCAAGUGUGCACAGGGCACCCUGAAAGACCUGCUGGUUUGCUUCUUGAGGUCCUGAACACCCCCUCAUUUCAUGAAAUCCACUGAGAGGUGAGGGUCUUCAGCUUCUCUGUGGAAGGAUCAGUUCCGUCAGGAUUGGGUCCAGAUUUGUACCAGGCCAGUUGAGGGAAAGGAUAAUACAGCUGUCCGCUUCUACUGAUGGAAGUGAAAGGGGAUUUUUUGGGUUUUCUUCCAUCUGUGGCAACAUCAGGACGGGUUGUAAUUGGUAGCUUUGCUAAGGCCAAUAGCGGGGAAGCCUUCUCACCCCUCCCCAAAAUCCUCAGAACAAGUUUUUGUGGAGCUGCUGCUGGCUAGAGCACCAGUUUUCAAUUCCAGAACGAGUGGCAGGCAAACAAGCAAGUGCAGAUGAUGGGAGGUGAUGUGGAAAGAGUGCUACAGGGCAAGCCUUGGAGACCAGCAGUACAGACUUCACUCACCCUCAGGUGUUUCCUUCCUUCGACACAGGUGCAAACCCGCAGUUCAGACGAGCCAAUGACCACUUUUGUUGUGUGCAAUGAGUGUGGGAACCGCUGGAAGGUAAGCAUGCCUGACUCCCUUUAUUUAAUUGACCUAAGGUGGCGCUGUGGGUUAAACCACAAAGCCUAGGACUUGCCGAUCAGAAGGUUGGCGGUUCGAAUCCCCGCGACAGGGUGAGCUCCCGUUGCUCGGUCCCUGCUCCUGCCAACCUAGCAGUUUGAAAGCACGUCCAAGUGGUUUACACUCGGGUGGGAAGGUAAAUGGUGUUUCCGUGCGCUGCUCUGGUUCGCCAGAAGCGGCUUAGUCAUGCUGGCCACAUGACCCGGAAGCUGUACGCCGGCUCCCUCGGCCAGUAAAGCGAGAUGAGCGCCACAACCCCAGAGUCGUCGGCGACUGGACCUAAUGGUCAGGGGUCCCUUUACCUUUACCUUUAAGGGCCUGCAUCAUGACAUCUUCCACCAACCUCUUUUCUGGAUGAAAUGGCACGUGUGAAGAAUAAAACAAUUCCCCGAACAACGUAGGAUGAGCUCUCCAGUAUUGCUUUGUACUGCUUCAGACACUUGGCGAAUAUGCAUAGAUCAUAUAGAUCUUGUUCCGUGCUGUUUGGAUAAUUGCUUUAUAGUUCACACACACUCUUAUCAUCUGAAUUGGAUUAUUGUUUACACAUUGGCCCGUGUUUGCUGCUACACAGUGACCCCAACUUGUAUUUUCAGUAAUGUUCAUAUUGAGACAACUUUUAAUGGAGCUCCUGUGGCUCGGUCUUUUUGUUAUCUUUAAUUGAGGACUCUCUGCCUCUCUCUCUGUCUACAGCAGGGCUAGCCAAUGCAUUGCCCUGAAGACAUUGAUGGACUGUUAACUCCCAUCAGCCCCAGUCAGCAUGGCCAGUGCUCAGGGAUGAUGGGAGUUGUAGUCCAACAUAUGGAAGGCAUCACAUUGGCAGACAGAAGUACUGUGUUCAGUCUGACCUCAGCAUGCAGCCUAAAAGGUUUAUAGUCCAUGACAUAUAAUGGCUGCAAUGGGAUUCCAGUAGGCAGAGUGUGACUUUUUUCAAUUUAAAAAACCACAACUCUCAGGCCAUUCUCCCUGCCCCGUCAGCCCUCUCUGUCUUCCCAAGUUCCUUCCCUUCCUUGCCAAUACUGUGCAGCAGCAAGAAAAUCAAAUCCGGUUAUUCUGCAAAGAGAGCCCUCUCUGGUGCGUCUGUGUUUUGGGGUAAAAUCACAGGCAUCUUGGUUGACUCUUUUCAAUCUUACCAACUUCUUGCAGUUCUGCUGAGACAUCCCGGACCAGGGCAUCAGUUGCAGCCGCCAACGCUGGGCCGGAUCUCUGCCAUACAUUCCCCCCAACACCGCCAGCAACUUUUGUACUGUUUUUGUCGCCGAGUUUGCUUUGUGCUCUGUACAUCAUCUGGUCAGAGGAGGUCCCGGCUGCCUGCACACCUCUGGAAAGAGCAGCAGCCGGGGUUGGAGGCUGGGAGGGGGCCGGAUGGAGAAUUCGUGUGGACUUGACCACCUUUGGAGUUUCUCAUCCUGAAUCAGUAUUUUGUGAGGGUCUGGAACAGUAUUAAACAUUUUUUUUUUUGGUUUUGGUUUUUUUAAAAAGAAAUUUGGCCAGGUGUCUCGUCUUGAGCGUACGAUAGCUUCUUCCGACUUUCCUUUCUUGUCCCCUUUCUCGAAAGCUGAAACGAACAUCCGCCUCACUCUGUUAGCACAGAGGCAGGAGAAGGGAAGCCAAAUUAGCAGCCACUGCAACCGAAGCUUAUGUCUAUGGAAUAAAAUUCUGUGGGC